GUAAUGCCACGUCGCGUGCCGAUGACGUCAUGCUAAAGUGCUGAGUGAAACCAAACGAAGGAGGAGGACGCCAUAUUGAUUGCUUGAUACUUAUUAAACGGUAUUUAAACGCUUAAAAACCGUAUCACCGCUGCUUUAUCGUAACUAAAACAUUUCUAGUGUAUUUAUAAUGUCAACAAUGAAUCCGGAAUAUGACUAUCUAUUUAAAUUGUUAUUGAUUGGUGAUUCAGGUGUUGGAAAGUCCUGUUUGCUGCUUCGUUUUGCUGAUGACACUUAUACAGAAAGUUACAUCAGCACAAUUGGAGUGGACUUUAAAAUCAGAACAAUCGAACUAGAUGGAAAAACCAUUAAACUUCAAAUUUGGGAUACUGCUGGACAAGAAAGAUUCAGAACUAUAACAUCAAGUUAUUAUAGAGGUGCUCAUGGAAUUAUUGUAGUAUAUGAUGUAACUGAUCAAGAGUCCUUUAAUAAUGUCAGACAGUGGCUUCAGGAAAUUGAUCGUUAUGCUUGCGAAAACGUAAAUAAGCUGCUGGUUGGUAAUAAGUGUGAUCUGUCUGCAAAGAAAGUUGUCGACUACACAACAGCCAAGGAAUUUGCAGAUCAGCUCGGCAUCCCUUUCUUGGAAACCAGUGCAAAAAAUGCAACAAAUGUGGAACAGGCUUUCAUGACAAUGGCAGCGGAGAUCAAGAAUCGGAUGGGACCACCGACGUCGGGAGGAGACGCAGUCCAGGGUAGCGGCAAGAUCAAUCCCGGCGUUCCAAUCAAUCCGCGGGGUUCGGGUUGCUGUUGAAAUGAAGCAAAUACUACUGUCACGCAACUCCAAAGAUCAUGGCAGUCUGUGGUUUGAAAAGAAUAGUCUCUCCCCCUCCUCAUGAACAGUUGUAUAAUUUUUGGGGGAUUUAAGGUAAUUAUUUCUGACCAACCGAAAAAACAUACCACAAAGUUUCUUUCAUUAACAUGUGAAUGCCACUUGUGUUGAAUUUCUGUAUUUGAUAUAUUGUACCAGAGUUAUUGUUAAAAAACAAAUCGAUAUUUAAAAAACCUUUUUUCCGAUUAUGUUCAUGUGAAUAGUAUAAUUUAUAAUGAAAAAAAAAAAUGUAAUGGAACAAAUAGGGGAUCAUUGUUUUUGCAUAUCCUUUUAAAAUAGACAACUGUCCAGAUUUUUGAAGAGAAAUUUCGGAAAUAUUCUUUCUAUAUUUUUUUCUAUAAAAUUCGAAAAAAAAAUUAAACAGGUUCAGGGGAAGAGAGGGAAACUGGAAUAAUUAUAUAUUUUGCGACUUUUAAUUAACUUCGAUUCUUAUUUGCGGGCCAUAUCCACAAUCGACGGUUCUCUUCAUCAUUCCAUCUGUCAUACUGUGUAAAUUUGUUUCUUCUGAUUAAUUUAUGUAUAAAAUUUGGGAGUAAUCAGUUUUUUGCCACGAUAUUUAGCGAACCGUAGGAUGACAGAUGGUGUCUCCACCGUUAUCGAUGCCGUUUAGCUUUAGUAAACCAUACUGUAAUUCUGCAAGGAACGUAACUUUUAUUCUCCACCCGAAUUUUAAUUUGCACGUUCUCGUUUCGUUUUUCCGCGAACACUUGGCUCUUUCCGAAGCGGAACGGUGGCAUACGGUUUAAUAAAACGAAACUGUUCUCUGUAAACUUAAGUCAAUACUCUUGCCGGAACCAUUUUGUGAUAGGGUGUAUCCUGUCCACUUUACCGAAGAAGCGAGGUCUGCGGAGAAAGAAUAUAUUCGAAGGCUUAUGAUUUGACAUUUUCCUAUAGUUGUAUAUGAAUUAUUUACUUUGGAUAGAUAUAUUAUUAAUAAAAGUUCUUAUUUCAGUUGUCUAUAAAA